UCUGUUAGAUGCAAAACAACACAUUUGGGACAGAUUAGUUCGAUUUGAUGCAAUCAGGGAGCGCGUCAGUGUUUUCGGUAACAAAAUUUAUAUGGGAAUUCCUAUAAUAGACCACCGCUAUGGUGUCAGCUAACGUAGAAUAUCUACGAUAUUUGGUGGCUCACAUUCUGCAAUUUCAGUUUCACAAAAGCGCUUGCAUUUUGGCAGGAGAAUACGAUCCAAAUAAUCCCAAUAGCUACUUGUCUGAGUGUGACAUAUAUCAAAGCACAAAAGCAGGAAAUGCCUUCAAGGAUAUGAUGUCGUUGGGAUCAUCGAAAUCUGGGCCAGACGCGCUUGAAAUUCUUACAGGGCAAAGAACAAUCAGCGUGUCUGCCUUGAUGGAAUAUUUCCAACCACUUCAAGACUGGCUUGAGAAAAAGAAUAAAGAAACGGGAGCUCAAGUUGGAUGGAAGUCAGAAUUCAAAUGUCUAUCAAAAUCUGGUGCGGAGAAACCCAUUGGAGCAGGGAUAAUAAUCGUUCUAUUUGUAACGAUCUGUGUUGGCAUGUUCUAAGAUUCGUCAUCGCACAAUGCUAUUUUUAAUGCAAAAAUAAGAACUGUCACAACAUUUACUGAUG